ACACUGUUUUUAUGCAAAAUCUCAAGUCGAAAAUCAGUAUUCUUGAUGUCUCUAAUCUCUAAAGAGGACAACGAUAUUGGCUUAAUAAAAUAUCCUACUAAAAAUGUAGUAUCUCCGCAGCAAUAAGCUAAAGAUUCGAACUCUUUUUCGAAUAUUCAUAGCUCAUUAGGAUCUACAUAAUGCUGAUAGUCUUCAUUCAAAAGCAACUAAUCAUUUGGAAUGACCUUGCAAAACAUAAAUUCACUAGAUAAAAACAAAAUAAAGAUUUUGUUUUCUUUGUAUCGAUUUGUUCGUGUAACGCCACACUUCGCUGAUUAAGUCUUUGAGAAAUCUAUUUCUCUUCGAGAUGGAGAGAUCUAAAUACAUUAUUAGAUGCGGGUUUUUUAUACUGAUUAUGAGUUUUACAUUUUUUCUCUAAGAAAAUCGGAGUUUUAAACUUUUCAAAAGUUCCAUUUGGAAUUUCCUAACCAAGAAUUUUUUUCCAACAAAUGCUGAGUGAUAUACCAUUCGAUACAGAAUUUAUUUCUCAACAAACUAGCCUAUUUAUUUUUGAUAUUCAUCGAUAAGAAAAACUUGUACAUUUUUGUACAGUUUUCAACUUGCUAUAGAGUUAAUCAGCUCCCAUUUUGAUGUAGCAACUUGAUUCUUGCAUCGAACGAUUAAUGUAUGGCAAUGAACAAUAAUUUUAAAAAUCAAAUAUACAUAUCUGAGCAUGUUAAGUAUCUCAAAAUCGAUCAAAAAAACACACUCUAAUAGCAUUACGAAAAGCGUAACGCUGCUGUUUCUUUUUUGCAUUUUUUAUCUGAGGAAAAAUAGGUUAGAGAAACUUUUCAUCACUUAAAAGCUUGUUCGAAUCUCUACAAAACUCUCUUCAGAAAUAUUUCAUUUGGAGAAAUACUUUUUCAAAAAACUGGAGUUUUAUUAGCAAUCCUGAAGAAAAAGGAUUAUUUCAUGUAACAGCGCUACACGAUGAUAAAACUUUCCUAGAAAUCUGAAAGUUCAACCAAAAAAGAUCAUUUGUAUAGUAUAAACAGAGUAUGAUUAGAUGCAUUGAAUGGCGUUAGAAUGAACUUUCUAGCUGUCAUGGCUUCUAAGAUAAUUGACAAGUGUCAAAAACAUAACAGCGUUACAUUUGGGUAAGCAGAUAUAGUUUCCAGACGUGACUCUUUCAGAUGGAAAAUAUCUAAAUUGACAGAAUAUUCAUUGCCGGACAAUUCAUAUGAAGAUUUUUCCAAAAACUUUUGCGCCUCUUAUUACUUAUCGAAAACGAAAGGUAUCAUUGCAUGAAACUUCCGAUUUUUUAUUGUAUUCUAUAGAAAAGAAUUCUUUGUUGAAAAUUUCUAAUUGAAAUAAUUUGAAAAUAUUUUCUUGUUUAUGUUUGUUUUGCUAUUUAAAGAAAAUAUAGCACCUGAUGUACAAAAUAAUCCAAGUUCAUUUGAUCGACGUCGUCGAUCAUUUCCUACUCUAUUAUCUCACAUAACAACAAAACCAAGUUUUAUGGGUCAUCACUCUGAUAGUUCAUCGGAUGAAGAUGAUGAUAAAAAGACAACAACAACAACAACAAAUAAAAUUGAACAAGAACCAACUGAUCUAAGUGGACAAGAUAUUGAUUAUUCUGUUUUAGAUGAUGAUACAAUUGAAGAUUUUAGUUAUUCAAGUGCACGUGAACAAGCUAAAAAACGAAUUUUACUUGAUCAACAAUAA